GUCCUCCUCCCUUUAAAGGUUUACUUUAGGCCUAGCAGAGCAGACCACCACCUGUAAUCCUCCUGCAGACACACCUGUAGAGGACGGUAUAAAUGUCCUGGACUGAACAGAAGCAGACAUCAAGCUUCAAGGAGUCUCUCCACAGCAGUUCUCUCCAGAAGCUCCUGAGUUUAAACAUCGACCCUGAAGAUGACUCCCUCCACCAGCCUCCUGCUGCUGCUGCUCGGCCUCUCUCAGGCUCUUCCUCUAGAGGACGGAGGAGAGCAGGAAGAGAAGAAAGAAGGAGGAGAAGUAACUGUGGACAUCGCCACCAAGAUUCUGACCACCAACAACGGCUCAGACGAAAUGCUGCUGGAAGGAGACAUAGUGCUUCCUAAAAACAGAAACGCCAUGACGUGCUGGUACAACAGCUGCCUGUGGAGCAAAGCCUCCAAUGGCUAUGUAGUGGUUCCUUAUGUGAUUGGUCGAGAGUUCACCUGCCAUGAGAGGCAGACCAUCGAGACCGGCAUGAGGGCCUAGGCCAGCGGUACCUAUGUUCGCUUCCAGCAACGUACCAACAAGCGAGACUUCAUCAGCGUUGUGAGCAAAGAGGGAUGCUAGUCUGAGCUGGGCAAAACGGGAGGCAUGCAGGAGCUCUCACUCAACAAGCAGGGCUGCAUCUACAGCGGGAUUGCCAUGCACGAGCUCAAUCACGCUCUGGGCUUCCAGCAUGAGCAGACUAGGAGCGACCGCGACUCCUACGUCAGGAUCAACUGGCAGAACAUCACCCCCAACACCGCCUACAACUUCAAUAAGCACGACACCAACAACCUGAACACUCCCUACGACUACUCCUUCAUCAUGCACUAUGGAAGAGAUGCCUUCGCCAUUGCUUACAGCCGGGGUACCAUCACCUCCAUCCCCAACGCCAGAGUUCAGAUCGGCCAGAGGCAGGGGCUGUCCCGCUGA